AUACUGAAAUGCAGUACAAUUGCAUUUCAAGUUUCAUUUUCAACGCAGGGGACGAUUCUUCAGGGCUCAGCCACGAUGAGGAAGGAAGCGAUCGCGUGUGUGUAUGUGGCGGUCAACGUCAUGUCUUUGGUUUUCGUUUGUGGUGCGAUCGAAUCUCCACAGUACGCAGUGGUUCACCUGGAGUCCGAUUUCGAGAUCAGGCUCUACAGAGACUCCGUCUGGAUUUCUGCUCCCACCCAGGACAUUUCCUUCGAGAAGGCCACCUGGAAUGGCUUCCACCGGUUGUUCCAGUACACGCAAGGUGCUAACCUCAACUUCUCUCGAAUUGCAAUGACUGCUCCUGUGCUGACGAGCAUAGUCCCUGGAGCCGGUCCCCUUCACUCAUCAGCCUACUUUGUUCGUUUUUACUUGCCUGUAAAGUUUCAAGCUAAUCCACCCCUUCCACUUCCCGAACUGCAUAUCAAGCCCCAUAAAUGGGUCAGCCACUGUGUGGCUGUCAGAAAGUUCUCUGGAUAUGCAAGGGAUGACAACAUUGUAAAAGAGGCAGAAAAGCUGGCCAUCAGCUUGAGCAGAUCUCCAUGGGCAAAUGCUACUUCUUCCAAGAGUCAACAGGCUUACUCAAUUGCCCAGUACAAUUCUCCCUUGCGGAUUUUUGGGCGUACAAAUGAGGUUUGGGUGGAUGUUGAUGCGCCUAAAUUAGCUGCUUUUGAAUCGGUUGGCGUCGCUGCAUAUUGAACUAUGGCAUAAAUCUCAGCUCCGUUUGCAUGCCAGAUCAGGUUUAUCUGAAUGCCAAUUUGUUCUGUAUACCUGUAUAUAUUAAUGUAAUGGCUAUCAAACCUAUAAUAUACCGGCCUAUAUGUGUAAAGUACUAUAAAUGGAUCGAUAGCCUAAGUUCUGCUUUUUGGUUCCCUUCACUGAAUGUAAAUGAAAUUAUGAGAAACUUCAUUCAGCCAGGAAAAA